UUAAACCAACUAUUAAAAAUAAUGUCCCUGUACUGAAAUUGUACUGAUAUUUUGUAGGUUAAACUGGGAGAAUGGCAAGGUCUUCCUCUCAACAUGCCUCUAGUAAAAGUGUACAUAGUAAUGAAGAAAUUGAAGAAGUUGACGAGUCUUACUUGGCUGCCCUUGCAGUAGAAAGGAAUACAAAAGCCUUUUUUGACAAAUAUGAUAGAAAUGAACUUCAGGAAUUGGUCGCCGCAACCUACUGCAGCUGGCUACAAACCAGUGAAGAGAUUCGCCUUCCAGUAGAGUUCCCCAAUGGACUCAUAAACCAAAUGAAUGACUUCAGCCAUUCGAAUAUUGUUAUUCUAGCACCAGUAGAGCCAAACGCUCCUUUGGACUAUAAAGAAGUCCAUCAAAUUCUGAAGGAAUUGGUGAUUGGAAUUUUUAGCCUGAACCAAAUCCCAUCUAUUCAUUUCCAAGCCAACUAUGAUUGCAGUACCACGUGUCUUCUGCCACCAGCUUAUUAUGACAGUCGAGUUGGGCAGCUUUUGAUAAACGUAGAUUACACAAUGAAAACACUUUGGCAUGGAGUCUGUGUUCCGAAGGAAAAAAGGAAGAGAUAUGCAGAAUGGUGGCGAGCCAAUGUGGACUUAGAAAAUAAUGGAAUUCCUCAAGCAAGGAAGUACACAGUUACUGAUUUUCUUGCAGCAGGUCUUACAGAUGUUUCAACAGACCCAGAUUUUGAAGGAAUAUAUAGUGAUGAUGUAAACACUGACCCAACAUAUGAGCCCAACAGCUGUCUGGAGAAGCAACUAUUUAUGGAGUAUGCAGACAGUUUUUUGUUACAAAUAAUUUUGCACAAUACCUAUGUCAAACAGCAUGAGAAUAUUUUUGUCUAUGAAACAGCCUACACCCUCAAUAAUGCGAUACAGCUUACAGACGACAAAUUUGAUCCAGUAAUCUACCAGAAACUUCAACAGAGACUGGGACUCCAACAGAAAGUGGUUUUGAAUUAUCUUGAGAGGAAAGAAGAGAUCCAACAAAACAUGGCCUACCUCAAACUGAUUGCCUUCCUUGUGCCACUUCUUCUCGGACUAAAGAAGAAGAGAAAGGUCCCAGAACUGAGCAGGUUCCUACCUGCAUUUUCAGAUGAAAAGCUAAAGACUGAUCGCAUCUUACCACCUUUUCUCCUUGGUGAGAGCUUCCGUUGUCAGCAUUUUACAUACCCACCAAACCAAUAUUUUCAUCUGCAUGGUGGGAUUGAAUUUGAUUUAGGAACUCCUCCAAUCACAUAUUUUUCUAGAGAAAUGAAGGAUUCCGCUACAGAUAUCCAAACUGAAGCAGCAAGCUAUCUGAAUCAACUGCUACACUCUGAUGUAUUAUACAGGGGGCAAUUUCCCAUUCCUAUUAUGGAGUUUAGUGGAAAAAGCUAUUAUGCAAUCUCUGUAGACCUGGAAACCUUCUUCCAACACUUUAACAAGGCUCCUUGGUGGGGAGUCAUGAGUGAAACAAUCUCCUCGCUUAAAUCCAAGAAACUACCAUUAAGUGAUAUACAGUUGUAUGAACAGUUAAAGAAAAAGUUUGGUACUAAAAAGGCCAUGAAGUGCAAGAAUUUGCCCACAGCUCUCCUGUCUUCUGUUGAUAGUGGACUUGUUGCUAUCUUUCACACAUUAUGCCACAAUAAUCCAACAUCUCAUCUCGCUGUUUUGGAUGAAGUUGGUUAUCCACUUGUUUAUCAUGCUGCCAUGUAUAACCAUCCACCAAUUAUCUAUCAGUUGGCUACAAGUGGCCUGAAACUAAAUCAACGUCGCAGCAUCUAUUACCAGAAAUCAAAUAGAUCACCUAACAUAAAUGAGGAAAAAAUUGGACCAACUGCUCUUCACGCUGCAGCAAAAUGUGGAUCAUUGGGAGCACUGACUUGCCUCCUAGCCCUGCAGGCAGAUUACAUGAAGACUGAUGGACGAGGCUGGACACCAAUGCACUUUGCUGCAUUUUUUGACCACAUUCCCUGUGUUAGGGCUCUGUAUAGGAAAAAUCCCAAUUUGUUGGACUUAGAGACAACAGCUGAAUAUCGCUCAACUCCACUAUUACUUGCUGCCAUGGUGGGUGCACUUGAUGUGCUCCAAUACCUCUUAUCUAUUGGUGCAAACUGGAGAAAGACGGACAGUAAAGGAAACAAUCUGAUUCAUUUAGCAGCAUUGUACUUCCACACAGAAGUCCUCAAGUAUUUUAUUGAGCAGGAUAUGCCAGGGCUACCAGUCUGGAACCUCCUUAUAGGAAUGGUGGAGACUUUUGAAUAUUAUAGGAAUGAAAUGGGAGUGAGGGCACUUGAGGUACUUUGUGUGGCAAAGGAAACUUACUGGAAAUCAAUUAUUGAUGCAGAUGGCAUUCCUGCUCUCGUGAAUAUGUUACGCAGCCAACACAAGACACUGCAGUGUGUUGCUGCUGCUGUGCUGUGUAAUAUAUCCAAUCAUCAGUUAGUUUGUCACAGUAUUGUUCAGGCUAAGAUCAUUCCAGAGCUUAUUGAAUUACUGAUGUCCCCUGAACCUGAGCUUCAGUCACGCUGUUCCCUCCUCCUGUACGAUAUUGGCCAGAUUGAUGAUAACGCUGCUGUGAUUGUUAGACUAGGUGGAAUCUCUCCUAUGGUGAAGCUCUUGAGUUCAAAAAUUGAAGAUGUGCUGGUAAAUGUAAUUAAAUGCCUGAUGGCCAUAUAUAAAGAAAACCCAGACCAUCAGACCUUAGUAGCACAGGAAGGAGCUAUUCCUCUAUUGGUGGAAAUGUUGUCAAUGACAUCGGAUGUUUUGCAGGAGACAGCUUCAAUUGCACUGGCUGAACUUGCUUGUGACCACAGAAGCAAUCAAGUUUCAAUAGCAGACGAAGGUUCAGUAGACUUACUGAUAAAUAUUCUCGGGGGAACCAAACUCCAUUUACAAUUGAAAGCAGCAAAAACCGUUGAAGCUUUAGCUGACAGAAAUCCUACCAUACAAAAAGCAUUCCUAGAAAGAUCUGCAGACAAAUAUCUCUUAAAGCUUCUCAAGGUAUUUGAUCUUGAAGUCCGAGAACAAGCAUCAACAGCCAUUUGGGCACUGGCAGGAAAUGCUGAGAAACAACAAAAAAGUAUGGCAGAACAAAUUGGUUAUAGUUUCAUCAUUGAUCUGUUAUUAUCCCCAUCUGAUAAUAUGCGUUAUGUUGGCUCUGAGGCAGUGAUUUCCAUAAGCAAAGACAACAAGGAAUACCAAAAUCAGAUUUGUGCAGCAAAUGGAAUCCCUCCUUUGGUCCGAAUUUUACGAAGAUCUGAAUCAACUGUGCGAACAUUACUGAGAGCCAUCGUUGCAUUGGGGACUCUGUGUAUUGGGGUGGCAUAUAUAAAUAAUGAAUUCUGUCAAAAUAAAAUCGCAGAAGAAGGUGGCAUGACUAGCCUUGUUGAUUUGUUGAGUUUUGAAACAACCCUUGAAGUUAAGGUUGAAGUGGUCCAUGCCCUUGCACGCAUUGUGUUGGGAAACCCUAAAUUGCAGUUAAGUUUGCACAAUAACAAGGAUUUCUCCUAUCGAAUUCCACUGAGCCUUUUGACAACUGGAGACAAAAAGAUAGGUUUGCGAGCAGGAUCUGCUUUAGCUCUGUUUUCAUACAACAACCCUGCACAGCAGGCAUUGAUCCUUGACUGUGGGGGAAUUCAGAUGUCAAUCUAUGAAGAUUUUCUGCAGUCCAAGAAUGAGGAAGAGAAAGUCUCUGCUUCGUUUCAGAUUGUUGCAUUGGGCAAAGUCAUUGUAGGCAGGGAUGUGGUUGCAUUGUCAGCUAUGGGCAUUACAACCUUAGUCAAACUACUAACGUCACACAACUUUACCACAGUUAUUAAAGCAGGGGAACUCCUGGCCGCUCUAUGUCGCACCAGAGGAGGCAUUUCUGAUGCUAUUGUUACUAUGGGAGCUGUGGAAAAAUUAUGCGCACAUUUAGACUCUACCAAUGAACAGAUUCAGAAGGUUUGUGCUGUAACUCUGGGAUACUUAACAUUUAAUCUUACUGCUCAGCGUCGCCUGAUGGUGCAGUGCAGGAAUCAACCCAAAUUAUUUGACCUUUUAAUAAGUGCAUUGAGCAUAGAUGCCACCAUCUGCAUGGAUUUCAUUGAAGAAUUCAAAAGGCAAAAAAAAAUGGGGCUUCCUUCACAAAGCUUGGAAAUAAAUGGCGGUCCACCAGUCAUACCAAUCAGGAAAGUGAGACCAAAAUCUGUCGGUGUACCUUACAAAGAAUCUCAAAAAGUAGGUUUCCGAACAAAGUCUGCACCUGCAGUGUCAUCUGAAAAACCCAAGACUGCUGUUAAUCAGAGCAAGAAUGCUCAGGCACUUGAUAUGAAGAAACUAAAGGACAAACAGGUGACGAAAUAGAAGAAAAGAAAACAAAUCUCUCGUCAAGUUUUGUCUCUUCCUCUAUGAUAUGCACAUGAUGUACAUAUUUGGGGGCAUUAUGAGGAAGAGAUUUAUAUUUGCUCAUCUCAGCAGGAAAAUCCAUGAAAAGCAUUUAAAAAAUAAAGCCAUCUGAAGUUGUUAAAGGUCAA